CGGGCAACCGACCACUAGCUUUUGCUGCUCCAACCGCUAACCAAGCCAGUGCCCGGGUGACAGAGGCUCGUUGUUUGCCACUGCCGUUGCCACUACCCCGCAACCACUAGGGCUCAGUACAGAGCUUCCAGUAUAUUGCGACGCUGCGGCGUAUAGGUUCACUACGCGCCCGCCAUGCGUGACUGCUCACGCGCCAUUCAGCCAACUCGCGAUGCCCGGCUGAUAUAGCUUCGCGUUCGAUGUUAUACUGGUGCUGGCAUCAGGUGCCUACGUUUUCUGGAACCAUACACCUUCUGUCGAAACCUCGUACCCCGCACAUCUCUGCCACACCAUUCGGUAGCGAAGCAAGGGCAAUAAGGUGAGAACCCUCAAGCGCCUUGUGUAUAUAGAAAUGCGAGUUGUGAUACAUGGCGUGCAGAUCUGUGCCAGCUAGCUGUUGGAUCAGCUCUGGAGAGCUACAGUUUUGAAUAUUAUCGCCAGGGGACAUGCUAGAGGGUAGGGGGACCCCAACGAUUGAUGUUCGGUUCUUAUUCAGUCAACCAGCAGCACUAUGGCGGUUAUGCAGCUUUUGCAUAUUCAUUGGUUGCCUCUCAUGUGUCGCUGGCUUCGCCCAACUGUGGCGCUAGGUUGCCCAGCUCCGAUCAAAUACCAGUUCACCCCAACUUGGUUGGUAUUUACAGCUAGCUAGCUACCUUAUAGGGUGGCCCCAAUGCUUUGCCUAUGCUUGCGACUAAGCCAUCAUGAAAUUUCCUAUUAUCUUUCUACUAAAAACCCCAGUAGGCGUAAUCUCAAAGGUAAACAGCUUUAGACGAAAUUGUAUUGUCGUACAUAAAGGGUUGUUAGUUCGUCACUAUAUUGUGGCUCUGAGGUGGUCAGCGCAAACUGAGUCAAGGCUAUGAAAACUACAUACGGUCGGCGUAAACUUUCAACCUUGCUUCAUUCGAAACGUUUUCAUCCUGGUUGUUACCUUUAACUUAUUAGUAGCGGCCAAAACUUACAUUUACCGUUCCAGCCGGUCUUCAAAACACCUUCUGCACUCGCACCUAAAUAUGUCUCUGGCCACCCUUUAGGGACCCUCGCUAACGCCUACCCCGCGGUUCCUGCAUCAACCUGCAGGGCAGCACCACACAUACUAUACCCUGCGCCCCAACCAUGACCUCUGGCGGGCUGCCACGAUCCAGGAGCAUAGAUUCCAGGAGCUAUGGGCUAUCUCCUUCUAAAGCGGUGACUUCUGAUUUGUCGGCACGAAAGAGGCGAUCUAGCCGCGGUCGCGAUGAGCCGGGUUCUUUCGCCCUUACGAAAGUCACGUCCAACUCGAUAAAAGAGCUGCCACGGGGCACAAAGCCCAUUCGAUUUAUCGGCGAAGGGGCUGCGAAUGCGGUUUUUGAGAUUCAAGUGCCCGUCACCGAUGAAUCAGCGACACAAUUCAAAGGAUUGCUUCUUCGCGUUGCCAAGGUGCCUCAACGAGGGCAGAAGAGUACAUACGAUUAUCUUUUUCAGCAAAGUUUUUUCGAAAAGUCCAUUUUACCAGUGUUGGGUAAAUAUGCCGUUCAUCAAGAGAUGGUUGGCCUCCGUCAUCAUGACAUUUUCGAGGAAAUGAACAAUCUGUUAGCGAGUCUGGAUGUCAAAAGAAAAAAGAAAUUCCGCGGGUCCUUCAUUGGGGAGAGUGAAUUUGGCCUUUUAGUAGAGGACAUGACAGCAAAAGACUCUGACCAUUUCACGGUAGAAUUCAAACCAAAAUGGCUAGCUCAGUCACCAAGUGCACCGGCGAAUGCUAUUCGAUGCAGGCAAUGCGCACUAGAACUGCGAUAUUUCAUCACAAAUCCCUCAGGUGACAGGUCAUUGCCCAUCGACAAGCCCUGCCCUCUAACUCUUUGUGACGACGGUGGCGCGGCGUCUGCUGCUUCACCAUUUCGAUUAGCCCCCGGGCUGGCAACGUCUCCAGCCAGAGAAUACAUUGCAAAGCGGCUUGUAAACAUUACAAAACAGCCAAUCAUGAAAGAAUUACGGCGACAACAGAUGCUGCACGAUACCACAGGUCCGCUCACAGCUGACCCCAAAGAUGCCAACUUUGCACUAGCAAUGACGAUUCGGGACUGUACUUGCUUCGCACAGAUAUCACUUCGGCCAUCUGUUGAGAUUGAAGAAGGACCACUGAAGCUUCGCUUUGGCGAUUUGGAUUGGAAAAAUCCAGCUAAUAAGAUCUCGCACUGGCGCGGGUUGGAAGCAGCGCUAAUAAAUGACGGGUUUUACACGGCAAACAGGAUCCAAUUCCGAGGAGACUACUACAACGUACCUACCCUCUGCGCAUUGGAAAUGUCCUCAGAUUGUCGACCGCCGGCCACUUCUGUUUUGCAAGUUGAUGAAGAGGGUAAACCACAACGACAGACACGCUCCGUAUCAGCUCAAGGAGUGCAUUAUAUACGAACAGCCGACGUCGAUGAAUUUGCACACCGUCUAUUAGCGUUAAAGGAUAGAGCGGUCACGACACAGUCGAGGUGAUACGAAGUUGCAUAGUGAUCUUAUCCUGAAAAAUCACCUCUCACUUGUUUCAUCUCGCGGUCUUCCUGAAUUCUCGGUUACACAGUUGAGCUGGGAGCACCAAUGGGUGUCAGCUCUGGUAACUCCUGAACACGAAGAUAUGUAUUAAAUGAAAUCACGCGGCAGAAUUUCUUUCCUAGUUGGAUUAGCAUAAAUAUUUGUACACUAUAUACAUUAAUCUAGAUAUCUUAUAUUUUACACGUUUGAUGCCAUGAAACUCAAUAAACUUCCGAUCAACAAGCCAACCAUGAUGGCAAGGCCCAGAAAGCUUCCAGCAGCCUCACGCUCGCUCUUGUCGACAGAUUCGGGGGCUAGGGUCAUAACCUUGGAGAAAAUCCAACCACCGGUCAGUCCAAAGAAGAGCUGUACAACUACAAGGUAAAAGAAGUCACUGGAAAUGACUGCGCCAAGCCCGUCAAUGUUGCAAAGCAGAUAGAGUGGCACUUGGCCAACACGCAACGCAGUCAAAAUGAAGAGCACAAAUAUGCUGUUCGUGAAACUGCCAGCUGAUGAUGCAAUUAUUCUCCCAAGCAGAUCACCCAAGUUCCAGAAGAAGAAGGCCAAUGGAAUGAAUGCGUAAGGGCGAAAAAGAGGGCUGGCGAUCUCUGGGGAUACCACAGACAAGAUUCGCGCUGUGAAGACGGGGAAAAACAUGGUCGCAACGAAUAUAAGUGCGAUAGACGAGGACGGCCAAAAGAGCUUCUUCAAGAGAACACCCAUGGGCACAACUUUGCGAGUUUUGAAGGCGUCACCAUCAGCAUCAGAGCCCGCAUCAUCCACCACUCCAGAGUUGUCCGGCGAUAUCACGCGGUUCACUGUACCGCCAUGGCGGCGGACGAGAGGAAUAAGAAGGAAUAAGCCGGCUACGGAUACGGCUACUGCAGUAAAGAAGUACACAAAGGCUGCUGUUUGCCCCUUGGCAGCCCUCUCAGCCGGAGUGUAGUCCGAGUCCACCGUCGGAGGGGGGAAUAAGAGAACGGUGACAAUGUUGGCUAAAGCGGGCAAGAUUCCGGCUAUAGCUUGGCCAUUUACUAAACCCUGCAUAUACUUGGGGCGGUUGAGGCUGGCCACGAAUGAAAAUAUGCCAUUUUGCAUAAAGGCCGUCGCUGUCGACGUACUGACGACCAUGAGGAGAAGAAAGGCGAAAUAGGAGCGAGGCGACACAUUGAGGAAGAUAGUGGUUGAUAUCAUGAGAAUAAAGCACACGAAGGCAUUGAUGAGAAGAGCGACUGCAAUUCGGUAGGGAUAGGAGGCAGAUUUCUGCAUCCUUGCGAGGACGUAUGCGAUGGCGAGACUAGUGAUGGUAGAAGCAGUCAUGAUGGCCGAUUGGUAGUUGGUCUCGAUCCAGCCAUCGCCUUUGAAGCGCGAUGAGAAGUAAGGCGCAGCAGCGAGAAACAUGUUCCUGCAUUAUCAAAUGGGGUUAGUAACUCGGUCGUUUGGAGACUAUCGCAGAGACGUACCAUGCCCAGAGCAUAGCCAUGCCCAAGAACGUCAGCGUGCCAUACUCAAACCAGGAGAAGGGCACACGGUCGUCCGCAGGCUCAUCGGGGGCGUACGGAGUCUCGGACUCAGCAUGGACAUCGUCGUCGGUGGUCAACGGCGCGUAUUCGGCGGUUCGGGGCGGCUGUCUACCGUUGGUCUUGUUGCGCAGAAAAUCCAUUGUCGCCGUGGACUGUGACACGAUGAGCGACUGCGAUAGCAGCAGAAACUAUGCUCUGGUGCCUCACAGAGAUGGGAUUUAGUGCAAAGGGACGGCCCGACGGUGAUGAUCGUGUGAUUUAAUAGCGACCAGGGGGGAACGCUGGUGCUCGUAGACCGUUCAGCCG